AUGAGUCGCUUCGCUGCGAUCUUCAAAGAGCAGCGGCUCCAACAAGACAAGAUGGCUCCUAUGCAGCCGGAGAUCCGCACUCUAUGGAUCCAUCCACGCGUCCCGACCAUCAUCAUUCCGGCACUAAUCGACACAGAAGUUUAUCGCUUCACCCCGUACACUAAGAAGGAAAACAUCGCACAGAAGAAGGCCGCUGCAAGCGUCUUCUGGGAGACGAUCUUGUCGAAGAAGGAAUUGGUUCCCGCCGUCGACGGAACGUUGAACCGCGACCACACGUGCCACUUCUGUUAUGGGAAGGCCCAAAGCGAAGCGAUCAAGCGGGGCAAUGUCGACUUCUUUCGCGAAUCCGAUGGACCCUGGCGCGGGCACAAGCUACGCGACAUCCGCGGCCUGAUAACUUGUCCUGUCCUCUACCGCAUGGAAUGCUUCGCCUGCGGCGCCACCGGCAUCCGUGCACAUACUGUGUCGCACUGCCCAUUCAUCGAGGAGUACCGCCGCCUGGGCGGUCGUCUGGACGAGUUUGAAGGCAUCGGCAAAAGUGCAGCCCUAGACCUGCGCAUGCCUCGCACGUCGCUGAUCUACAAAGCG